CUUAAAAACUACAAAAUUUUAACCUUUUUUCCGAAGACUUCGUGUAAAUUUGUGUUUUGUUACGUAAAUUCCACAAUGUAAUGAGUAAUGCAAUGUUUAAUUAAAUAACUACGCGAAAGUUCAUGAUAAAACAGUGAAAACAAAGAACCCGCAGGGCAAACAAAACAAACCAAAUCACUGUCGAAGGCCACAGCAGCGAUGCAGCCCAACACCAACUUCCGGAACCCGAUCCUGAACGAACCGCGCGUGUUCGGAGGCCAGUACGGGCUCAGCACGCCCGCAGGAAUUGUGUCCUCGAACCAGCCGCCACCGCUCCCACCCCGGCCGGUCACCUCCUCCAUGCAGAUGGGCUACGGAUCGCCUUACGGAGGAACCCGCUUCGGAAUGCCCUCGUCCUAUGGGUAUUCCGGAUUUGGCGGGAUGGGUGGUUACGGUGGAGGGUACGGUGGGGUUGGAUAUGGCAGCAUGUUUGGAGGCGGCGGUUACGGGGGGUACGGGAUGAGCGGACCGUAUCCGGAACAUCGCUUCAUUCAAAUGGCCGAGGAGAGUUCGCGGCCGGCGUUCGAGAACAUCCAGUCGCUGGUGGGCGCCAUCGGGAACAUUGCUGCCAUGCUAGACUCGACGUUUUUCGCGUUGACCAGCUCGUUCCGGGCGGUGCUAGGAGUGGCGGCCAAUUUUGCCCAUCUGCGCGGCGUUUUUGCGCAGUUCUGGACCUCGUUCGCUCUGAUUCGUUGGGGAGUUUGGGCGUACAGAAAAGUGCUGUAUUUGCUCAGAAUCACGAAAACCGACCCGACAACGGAAAGCUUCAAGGAAGCAUUUCAAAUGGCCGAAACGAACGGCGGUGGCAAUCCACCGGGCAGCGGUCAAAAACGAGGUUCCUCCAUGUCAGUGGUCCUGUUCCUAGGCUUUAUCCUGUCUGCGCCGUACCUGCUGAUGAAGCUGUUUGGCGGCGCCGAAACGCCGGAUCAGUCGAAAAAUCCUCGCGAAUGGAAGAACCCCGUCGAGGCGGUGGCCAUCUACAACUUUGACGGAGCCAACCCCGGUGAGCUGACCAUACGGGCCGGCCAGCCAAUCCUGAUCGCGCCGCGGACCGUCCAAACCGAGCAGAACUUGCUGAACACGGGCUGGGUGCUGGCUUCGGUGGACAACACCACAGCCGGGCUGAUUCCGGUCAACUAUGUGCAGGGAGCGGCCGCCAAGGUUGCGCAAAAGGACGUUACGUUACAUUCCGAAGAGCAGCAGCAGCAGCUGCAAUCGAGCGAUGCUUGAGAGAUGAGGACGAAACCAACAUUGGGCAGGUACAAUUUUACAUUAUUUGGUUAAAAAUUCUUUUAUAUUUUAUGGAAACUGUAGACUUUUAGUUUGUUAUCGAUAUAUUAUUCGGAUUGGUUAGCUCAAAAGGUUUAUAAAUCAAUGAUAUGGGUA